AAUGUAACAAGUCAACUACGUCUCAGUCUCUCCCUUUCUAUCCCUCUCUCUCCCUGACAAAAGAAAGCUUCACACACACAAGCAGGCGAAAUGACCGUUAUGGCCCUACCCUCUCCUCCCCAAUAACUAAGCCCCCACCCCUCCUUUCACCUUUGACUCCUCCAAAUCGCAGAUUAUGGCGCAGACCCAAACCUCCGCUGCGCUCUCCGAACUCCGGCUGGGUAGCUCCGGGGACGAUCCGGGUCGGCCCGGAACGGGGGGGCCGUCUAAUAACUCCGCGGCCAGGUACAAGCUGAUGUCACCGGCGAAGCUCCCGAUCUCCAGGGCCGCGUGUAUUACGAUCCCGCCGGGGCUCAGCCCGUCUUCGUUUCUUGAGUCCCCCGUGCUCCUCUCCAACAACAUGAAGGCAGAGCCCUCUCCAACUACAGGUUCCUUUAUGAAACCUCAAGUGAUGCAUGGCCUUGUUGGUUCUGCUCCAUAUCCAGUAACUACGGUUUGCUCCAACAGCAACACCUUCAGCGAAAGAAAUUCCAACUGCUUCGAAUUUAAACCACAUGCUACAUCAAAUAUGGUUCCAGCAGAUCUGAACCACUGGAGAAGUGAACAAUCUAUGCAAGCCCAAGGUCAGCGCCAGCCUCAGGCAUUUGUGUCAUCACCAUCGGUGAAAAAUGAGGUGGCAGUUUCCUCAAAUGAGUUGAGUCUUUCAGCACCGGUUAACAUGGUAACUUCAGGGGCUAGUGCACCUACUGAAGUUGAUUCAGAUGAACUAAACAAUAGAGGAACUUCUAAUGCCGGGUUUCAAACUUCACAAUCUGAUAAUAAAGGAAGUGGACUUUCUGUUGUUGCUGACAGGCCGUCUGAUGAUGGAUAUAACUGGCGAAAAUAUGGACAGAAACUUGUUAAAGGAAGUGAAUUUCCCCGUAGCUAUUACAAAUGUACACAUCCCAACUGUGAAGUAAAAAAGCUGUUUGAGCGCUCUCAUGAUGGACAGAUAUCUGAGAUUAUCUACAAGGGGUCACAUGAUCAUCCUAAGCCCCAACCUAGCCGCCGAUAUGGUGCUGGUACUAUUAUGACCGUCCAAGAAGAACGAUCUGAUAAGGCUUCAUCUUUAACUGGCCGAGAUGAGAAGUCAAGCAUAUAUGGACAGAUGUCCCAUACAGUAGAGCAAAAUGGUACUCCUGACCUAUCUCCUGUCACAGCAAAUGACGAUAAUCUAGAUGCUGCAGGUUCAAUGCCAAAUAGAAUCCAUGAUGAGGUUGACGAUGAUGAUUUAUUCUCAAAGAGGAGGAAAAUGGAGAUUGGUGGGUUUGAUAUCACUCCAGUGGUUAAGCCUAUCCGGGAACCGCGUGUUGUUGUUCAAACCCUUAGUGAGGUAGAUAUACUAGAUGAUGGGUACCGCUGGCGCAAAUAUGGGCAGAAAGUGGUCAGAGGCAAUCCUAAUCCACGGAGUUACUACAAGUGUACAAAUGCUGGAUGCCCUGUUAGAAAACAUGUGGAGAGGGCAUCUCAUGAUCCCAAAGCAGUUAUAACCACAUAUGAGGGAAAACACAAUCAUGAUGUACCUACUGCAAAGACAAGCAGCCAUGACACAGCAGGACCCUCAGCUGGGAGUGGACCUUCAAGGAUUAGGUCAGAAGAGAGCGAUACGGUUAGCCUUGAUCUUGGGGUUGGGAUCAGCUCAGCUGUUGAAAAUAGGUCCAAUGAGCAUAGGCAGACGCAUCAUUCUGAAAUUAUGGGAAGCCAAACUCACAAUAGCAGUUCACAUUAUAAGGUAGUUCAAGCAAACCCAGUUUCAACAUAUUUUGGUGUUCUAAAUAGUGGGAUGACUCAGUAUGGAUCUAGAGAGCAUCCAAAUGGAUCAUACCCAUUUCCACAGAACAUGGGAAAAAUUCUAACGGGUCCAUGAGAUUGUUUACAAUGAAAAAAGCCAACAAAAAUAAGAUGUGUGAUUUUAUUCUUAUCAUUUCACUUUCUUUUUCCUUCUUUUUGGCGGUUAAGGACAAAAAGGCAAGAGUCUCUAGAUGAAAUUAGGAUUCCUUUACAUUUUACUUUAUAUCUGAGAGCUGUUCUUGAUAUUGACUGGCCCCUGCAAAAUGCCUUUGAAGUCCAAUUACUGUUUGUAUAAUGUUGACUUCUUGGAGAAUACUUUGUACAAAUAUAAAAUUAUGACUGCUAUUAUUUUCUGACAGAAAGACAGUAUUGUAACUUAAGUGCUUGAAUUUGUAAGAAAUAUAAUUUCGUUUAGCCUUUU